AUGGAUGCCCUCCGGUCCCAGAUUUACUGGCUCAAGACUCGCGAGAACACUUCGCCAAUUGAUCGCCUCCCAGUCGAGAUACUCAUCGAAAUCUUUGUCUACUGCGCGCAUGAAACUGCUCUGACUCCCAUCAUUCUCGGGAGGAUAUGCCGCCGAUGGGAGGAGAUCACUAACUUCUCGCCACGUAUCUUUCAAUGGAUUGUCCUCGAUGACUCACAAGUAACGACGGAGCGCUCUACUGGUCUUUCUCAGACGUUCCUUCUUCGAUCACGGAGCCUGCAGUUCGAUGUUGACAUCUCUAUUUCUAACCGAGAUAAUGUUUUACCAUUUCUCUCGCCAUUUCUUCCCCAUCUGAAUCGAUGGAGGUCCUGCACUAUUGAGGGGAACAGAGUAGAGCAUGUUCAUUUUCGUGAGUUUUGGACAGCAGGGACUGGCGAGCCGAGACUUGAACAGUUGGAUAUCAGCGUAGAUCCAGGGCAGCAGGCCCUUGUGGGUGGUCAGGUAUCUACAGAAGAUCAAAUCAUAUUUCACACUUUCAAAUCACACCCCACUCCGCUGAAGUCGAAUCUCCUCUUCAUGGACGUCUCGCUCUCGCGGCUACCGCUAGCCCUGUUCGAGCCCCUCCGCUUCGUAUCCCUGUUCAUUCAGGAGAAGCCUACAUCCCCCUUUGUCUUGAAGAUCCAUCCUAUCGAUUUCCUCCAGUUUCUGACUGCAUGUCCAGUGCUCGAGUUCCUCUCUUUCACGGGUAGCAUGUUUCAGGCCGCGAUACGACCCGAAGACUUUGAGCGACCACCACCGGUCCCUUUUCUUCCUCGCCUUCGCUCUCUCGUAUUACACAGCACGCUCUGCACGCGCACUAUCCUAUCGUACAUUGACACGCCAAAUCUGAAGGAACUUUACCUCGAACACCUGAAUGUUGACUUCAGUUUCCCUAUCUAUAAUCUAUACUCUUCACACGGCGAUAGCGACGACGAAGGCGACUUUUCUCAGUCACCAUACAGCGACCACGCGACAGGCAUGGGACUGCGCAGCCUCUUCCAGCGCUGUGAUCCACCCCUCCGCGUACUCGAGAUGGAUUACGCCGAUAUGCGGACGAAGGAUUUCCGAUGGUUGUUCGAGCGCGCAUCCUCUCUCGAAGAAUUUCGCAUUGUCGCAUCGGACAUGGCGGAUUGCGUCGUGCAGAUGCUUUCACCCUGGACUACACCGUGCGGGACCCCACGGUAUCGGUGCUCUGUCGCGUUGCCGCAGCUGAAGAGCCUCGAGCUGUACAACUGUCAAAGGCUGAGUGGGAAAGCGAUCGUAUCCGCCUUGCGAUCUAGAGUUGUCGCUACGGACGACGCGGUCGGCAGGGGUGUCUUCGACGGAUCGUCUAUGGACGAUGUCGCUAUCGUCGGGUGUGCGAACUUUAUUAACGAUCAUGAAAUCGAGUUGUCGGACGCGUUGGGGGAUCGGUUGAGGUUCAAUUAG